AUGGUUUUCCACCCCAAUGAUGCUCAAAUUUUAGAUCUCUUGAUAAAAAAAAUCAAGAACGAGAAGCUGCCUCGCAAUCUGGUUAAACUGGGUAAUAUAUACGAGAUCGACCCAGAGAAACUUGCAGAUAAUUAUGGGAAGUUUUCGACUGAAAUUUGGUACUUGUUUACAUUAAGAGAUAGAAAGUACCAAAAUGAGAAUAUAAAUGUUUCUACAGUUGAUGGAUAUUGGCAAGUAAAAGGAGAUGAUGUAAAUGUGGAAUAUAAUGGGGAAACCGUUGGAUUUCAUAAGAUUUUUCAAUUCUACAAGGGAAAACCUGGUAGCAGUAAAAAGACCUCUUGGAUUAUGUAUGAAUUUAGAGCGAUUGAUCCUCUGCCACCGCAAUACAAUGUUGAAGGUCGAACCAAGUUGGACGAUUGGGUUUUGUGUAGGAUCUGGAACAAUAAGAGAGGCUAUUAUUAUGAGAACGAUGAUAUCUAUACAUCAACUGGAAUGCGAAAAACAUACUGGAGCUCUCCAAGAACGUCCUACAACUCGCGGAAGAGGAAACUGACUAGCACAUGA